ACCCUUGAUGACAUCCUAUACGGAGGUCUCCUAAAUAUUUACAAGCCUGUAAAUAUGUAUUCCAUGAAAGUCUGCGAGAGGGUCAAACAGGUCCUUCGGGAUCACUUCAAACAAGUGACCAAAACGAACUUAAAUUUCAAAGUGGGACAUGGAGGGACGUUAGAUCCUUUCGCUGAAGGGGUCCUAGUUAUUGGUAUACAGAAGGGAACAAAAAAGCUGAGUGAUUUUUUAAAAUGCAACAAAAAGUAUUUGGCCUUAGGCCUCUUAGGUUUGGAGACAGACACACUGGACCGGGAAGGCAAAGUAGUACAGGUUAGCAGCGAAAUGAUGAAAGGGACCAACAAGCAGGAUGAUACACGUAUAUCACCAAAAAACAUCACCCCUAUUUUGAAUAAAUUUAUUGGAUUUGUGGACCAACCCCCGCCACUCUACUCAGCCAAGCGGGUCCAUGGAAUGAGGCUCUACGAAUACGCUCGAAAAAAUAUCGAUGUUCAUAUCAAACCAAAUAAAGUACACAUUCAGGAUUUAAAAUACUUAAACCAAGUAGACCUCCCCUUUUUUGAUUUGGAAAUUAAAUGUUCAGGCGGAACGUACAUACGAAGCCUCGUGCGAGACUUUGCACACGCACUCAAUACGCAUGCCACGUUAAUUAAGCUUAUUCGUAUCCAACAGGGGGACCACUUUCUAUAUGAGCACUCUUUGCACUACGAUGAUAUAAACAUGGAGAAUGUGAAGAGGCAUUUGAUCAAGCUG